AUGACGAUUGAAAAAAUGGGUGGUACGACGAAGAAGAACGAGAAGAAAAUCAGCCUCGAGGAAUUCCUCCCCAUAUUCAGCCAGCUGAAGCACGACAAGGACCAGGGCACCUAUGAGGACUUCCUCGAGUGUCUCAAGCUGUACGACAAACAGGAAAAUGGAACUAUGUUGGGUGUUGAGCUCUCCAACAUGCUGGUGACCCUCGGCGAGAAGCUUGAUGAUUCUGAAGUUGACGUAAUAAUGAAAGACUGCUGUGAUCCAGAGGACGAGGAUGGUUUCGUUCCCUACGCACCUUUUCUACGUCGGCUUUGUGAUCGCGAGGCAGCGGACGAAUAA